AUGUGGCGUGACCGCACGAACUUGUAUAUCUCCUACCGUCAGUCGUUCUCGCACCAUCCGGCCAAGAAGCCACGUUAUAUCGGUUCAACAAAUGGCUUCUCCGAUAUACCAUCGCAUCCAGAGGAAAGCAGGAGACUUAUCGGGGACACUGGAGUGCUCGAAGAUGAUGGUGAUGCAAUCAUUGAAAUGGACGUCCUACCCCCGCGCUGGGUUGACGUACAGGACGAGGUGACAGAGUUGCUCGCGGACAUUGCGCAGAAGUCUUCCCACUUAGACAAGCUACACCAAAAGCACCUUUUACCGGGAUUUGGAGACGAAGAAGCGCGAAGACAAGAGGAAAGUGUCAUUGAGCGAUUUACACAAGAAAUCACGCGCUCAUUCCAUGACUGUCAGAAAGCCAUUCAGAAGAUCGAGGUGAUGGUGCGCGAGGCCAAACAACAGGGUGGAGUGAGUAAUGGGGAUGAAACGAUGGCGAAAAACAUUCAAAUUUCUCUUGCUUCUCGAGUUCAAGAAGCAAGUGCUCGGUUUAGGAAGAAGCAAAGCACAUACCUGAAAAAACUAAGAGGGCUGGAAGGUGUACCACAGCCCUUUGAACGCACACCAACAUCUGUGCAGAACCCAUACACAGACCCUUCGCUAAUGGAAUCCGAUGCGGACAAGUCUUUUUCACAGUCCACCCUCAUGCAAACAUCGCAGCGACUUCCGGGCCAGAACGAUGCCGCAAUUCUGCAACGAGAAAGAGAGAUUAAUGACAUUGCCAAAGGCAUUAUCGAAUUGUCGGAUAUAUUUCGCGAGUUACAAGCAAUGGUCAUUGACCAAGGGACCAUGUUGGACCGAAUAGACUAUAAUGUGGAAAGAAUGGGCACCGAAGUCAAAGCUGCUGAGAAAGAGCUCAAAGUGGCUACCGGUUAUCAACGACGGACGAUUAAACGCAAAGUCCUUCUUCUACUAAUCAUUCUAGUCGCCGGCAUGUUUAUUUUAUUGCUCAUGAAGCCAAAGCGGCACAAUUCUCUGAACCCAGAGCCCGCUCCUGCUCUACCGUCGCCUCAAUCGAACGAACAAUCCUCUAAUGCUCUCCCUCGAAGUUUCGAGGCCGUCUAUCGACGAAAGAGACAUCCUUCUUUGAAUCGGGCAACGAAGGGCAAGUGGGUUGAUCCUGACAUAUAUCGAUAA